CCCCCUGCAGCCGCCCGCCCCUCUCCUCUCCCAGCACCUUCUCAAGUUGUAGCGGCCGCUCGCCAGGGGUUCUCUGUGGGCGGCGGAAGGGCGCGUGGGGGAGGGGGUUCGGACCGCUGGGCGCUUCGAGGAGCGAGUGUGUGUGUGUGUGCGCGCCCGGGGCCGGGGCAGCGGGUCACCGCCCCGGGAGAUGAGGGGUCGGCGCUGACAGGGAAGAGCGCCGGCGGUGGAGACAGCGGCUCGGAGGGCCCCGCGAUGGCAGCGCCUCGGGAGGAGGCUCGAGGCAGGGCGGGCUGCCCUGGCAGCGGCCACUGAGGUGCUUGGCGGGCCGGCCGGCCGGGGACCCGGGCCGCCAGGGACGAGAGGCGCGUCCGACGUCGGCGCCCUCGCAGCCCUCGCCUCAGUUGUCUGAACUUCGGGCUCCUAUCCACCCGCCCUCGGAACUCGGGAGUCAACAACUUCUUCACACACCACCCCCCCUCCGCCCCCGCCAGCCCCGGGGAGCUCGCCGAGUGGCGGGGACCGGGAACCUCCGGCCCUGAGAUGUGGCCGUGAGGCGUCGGCGGGCGGCGAGGAGAGCGCUCGGCGGGCACCCGGGAGCGGGAGGGCGGUGCGGCCGGGGGGCACGGGGCGGAGGGGCGCGAGCUCCUCGGCGCCUCUCCCCCGCCUCCUCCUCCUCCUCCUGCCGCUGCCUGUUCCGUGCAAGCAGCAGCCCGAGCUGCCAAGCGCCAGGGCCGCGGAGAUGUCGUCGUCGUCGCCGCCGCCGGCGGGGGCUGCCAGCGCCGCCAUCUCGGCCGCCGAGAAAGUGGACGGCUUCACCCGGAAAUCGGUGCGCAAGGCGCAGAGGCAGAAGCGCUCGCAGGGCUCGUCGCAGUUCCGCUGCCAGUGCAACCAGCCGGAGCUGCACCCCUUGCCCCAACUCAAAGAUGCCACCUCAAAUGAACAGCAAGAGCUUUUCUGUCAGAAGUUGCAGCAGUGUUGCAUACUGUUUGAUUUCAUGGACUCUGUUUCAGACUUGAAGAGCAAAGAAAUUAAAAGAGCAACAUUGAAUGAACUGGUUGAGUAUGUUUCAACUAAUCGUGGUGUAAUUGUUGAAUCAGCGUAUUCUGAUAUAGUAAAAAUGAUCAGUGCUAACAUCUUCCGAACUCUUCCUCCAAGUGAUAAUCCGGAUUUUGAUCCAGAAGAGGAUGAACCCACACUUGAGGCCUCUUGGCCUCACAUACAAUUGGUGUAUGAAUUCUUCUUGAGAUUUUUGGAGAGCCCUGAUUUCCAACCUAGCAUUGCAAAGCGAUACAUUGAUCAGAAAUUUGUACAACAGCUCCUGGAGCUUUUUGAUAGUGAAGAUCCCAGAGAACGUGACUUCCUGAAGACUGUUCUACAUCGAAUUUAUGGGAAAUUUCUUGGAUUAAGAGCGUUCAUCAGAAAACAAAUUAACAACAUUUUCCUCAGGUUUAUAUAUGAAACAGAACAUUUCAAUGGUGUUGCUGAACUCCUUGAAAUUUUAGGAAGUAUUAUCAAUGGCUUUGCAUUGCCACUGAAAGCAGAACAUAAACAAUUUCUAAUGAAGGUUCUUAUUCCUAUGCAUACUGCAAAAGGAUUAGCUUUGUUUCAUGCUCAGCUAGCCUACUGUGUUGUACAGUUCCUGGAGAAAGAUACAACACUAACAGAACCCGUGAUCAGAGGAUUGCUGAAAUUUUGGCCAAAAACAUGCAGUCAGAAAGAGGUGAUGUUUUUAGGAGAAAUUGAAGAAAUCUUAGAUGUCAUUGAACCAACACAAUUCAAAAAAAUUGAAGAGCCCCUUUUUAAGCAGAUAUCCAAGUGUGUAUCCAGUUCUCAUUUUCAGGUUGCAGAAAGGGCACUGUACUUCUGGAACAAUGAAUAUAUUCUUAGUUUGAUUGAGGAGAAUAUUGAUAAAAUUCUGCCAAUUAUGUUUGGCAGUUUGUACAAAAUCUCCAAAGAACACUGGAAUCCGACCAUUGUAGCGCUGGUGUACAAUGUGCUGAAGACGCUCAUGGAGAUGAACGGCAAGCUUUUCGACGACCUCACCAGCUCUUACAAAGCUGAGAGACAGAGGGAGAAAAAGAAGGAAUUGGAACGAGAAGAAUUAUGGAAAAAAUUGGAGGAGCUAAAGCUAAAGAAAGCUCUAGAAAAGCAGAACAGUGCUUACAACAUGCACAGUAUUCUCAGCAAUACAAAUGAUGAAUAAAAAAAAAAAGCCUGCCACCUCUGUUGGCUAGGCGGUUUUGUACACUUUUUUGAAAUAUGUAAAAAUUAUGAAACAAACCUCAUCAGUAUAAUAUAAUUAAAAGGCCAAUUUUUUUUCUGGCAACUGUAAAUGAAAAAAAUAUAUGGACUAAACAUAGCCCUGUGCUGUAUCAUGGCCACAGUAUAUUGUAACCCUUGCCUAAUCAUUGAUUUGUGUCACUUGUGAAGUUUCACAGAAAUGAAUGAACUUUAUCACCGAUGUGAUAUGAGUGAAAUAAUUGUGGGCAUAGUAAGAACUGUGACUUGAGUUCUGGUUUUGGUUGUGCUGCACACAGGCACGGUAGUCUGCUCUGUGUGUUUUUCCCUUUGAUAAUGUGCUUUUCACAUCGCUGCAGACCUUCGUUACAUCCGAGGAAAAAAGACUAUUUCCUAAACUAAAACUAAGGUGUAAUUCUUAUCCUUUCUUUCAUCUCUUCCAGAAGUAUGAUGGAGGGAACUACUUGCCCUAAGCCUUCCUUUUGAUAUAUUACUGUACUCUGGAAUUUGAGCAAAAACUUAAUUUCCAGGCUUUUAAAAGCACAAAUUAUAAAUAAAAGCUGGGAAAGUAAACCAGGUUUCCGAUCAGUCCUUAUGAAUCUCCCCCUUCAUCUGCAACUCCCCAGGGUGAUGAGCACAGACGCGUGGAGGCAGCACGGUGAACACCGCCUGCCUCUCAGUCCAUUCCUCCUCUUCCUCCCAAAGGCUGAAGGCAGGGCCUUCCCAGUCCUCACAGCCUGCCCUUCUCCGGCCCCUCCUGACAGGGACGGAGGCGUUGAGUCCCACGGUGUGGUGGUGCGGAGCGCGUGUCACUGCCUGGCUGUACUUAAAGGAGAUGCAGUAGGCGUCCUCUGUAGGGUUCUGAAAAGGCGGCCAGUAGGAAGCCAUGUACGUUUUUACUUGGUCAAGUAUUUCUCACAUUUUAUUAUCAGAGUACCAUUCCAAUCUCUUGCAGUUGUGUGGAAAACUGUUUUGUAAUGAAAGAUCUUUAUUGGGGGAUUGAGCAGCAUUUAAUAAAGUCUAUGUUUGUAUUUUG